GUAGUUACGCACUUCCAGUCACACCACACAUUGCACUUUUCCUGAGCCCCUGCCCUUCAUUGAGAGAGAGCCCAAUAAUGGCUGUCAUGCCCCUGAAAGUCUGGCACCAGGCGGUGGUGACCUUUGAGGAUGUGGCUGUUUACUUCACCCGGACAGAAUGGGCUGGCCUUUCUCCUGCACAGAGGGCCCUGUACAGAAGUGUGAUGCUGGAGAUCUGUGGGAACUUGAUGUCCCUGGGAUACCCAAUUCCCAAACCUACAUUAGUCUCACUUCUAGAGAGAGGGGAUUUGCUUGCGGGCCUGGAGACACAGGAUAAUCCUCCUGCACAGGGGACCAAAGACAUCUAUAAAAAUGCCAGGACCCACAUGGACAGUGAAUUAACACCAACAUGGGGAAUUUCUGAAGAAAGAGACAUGAUGAUGUCACAUGGACCACAGAAGAACGUUCUUAACAAAAGCAGCUUCCUAGAAACAUGUGAACUGGAGCAACACCAGGAAAUCCCCACAGUGAAAAAUGUUAGAGGAAAGGUUCUAAGAAUCCACUAUGAUAGGAAACCCUUCAGAUGUGAAGAGUGUGGGAAAUGCUUCAGCUAUUUUUCUUAUUAUGUUAGACAUCAGAGAAUCCACACUGGGGAGAAACCUUUUGAGUGUAAUGAGUGUGGAAAAGCCUUUAAUGGCAAUUCUUCAUUAAUUCGACAUCAGAGAAUCCACACUGGUGAGAAACCCUAUCAGUGUGAAGAGUGUGGGAGAGCCUUUAACGAUAAUGCAAAUCUGAUUAGGCAUCAGAGAAUCCACAGUGGGGACAGACCCUAUCUCUGUAGGGAGUGUGGAAAUGGUUUCACCAGUAGUUCUGAGUUUGUUUUACACCAGAGAAUUCACACUGGAGAGAAACCUUAUAAGUGUAAUGAGUGUGGAAAAGCUUUUGUUGGUAAUUCACCACUUCUGCAACAUCAGAAAAUCCACACUGGAGAGAAACCAUAUGAGUGUAAUGAGUGUGGCAAAAGCUUUGGAAGGACUUCUCAUCUUAGUCAGCAUCAGCGUAUUCACACAGGGGAAAAGCCUUACUCUUGUAAAAUAUGUGGGCAAGCCUUCAAUUUCCGUACAAAACUAACUCGGCACCAGCAAGUCCACAGUGAGGUGAAACCUUUUGACUGUAUAUGUUGUGGAAAAGUGUUUAGUACUCAGGCUCAGUUGAAAAGACAUCUAAGAAUCCAUAUUCAGGAGACCUCCUGUGAUGAGUGUGGAAAAGUUUUCACUAGCGAAAGAAAUCUGCUUCAGCAUCAAAGAGUCCAUACUAGAAAGAAACCCUGUGACUAUGUCAAGUAUGAAAAAACCUUUAGGACAUCUUCCCAGCUAGAUUGUGUCCACCCUGGAGAGAAGCCUGUGCUGGAUGUUGGUUGUUUUGGGCUCCCAGAAUUUUUUACCCCCUUUUACUGGUAACAGUACAUGAUAUUUCCUUUGCCUUCCAUCUUCCACUCGGGUAGAAUGUGUGACACAGGCCCAGCUUAGCUGCAGGUUCCUUCCCUCAGGCUACAGCUGUUGGUUCAUAUGUCAAUAGAUGACCCAAGAUAGUCCAGUUAGAAUCCCAGACCAAGUUAAUAACCCUCCUAAUGUUGAGUGUGGCCCUGGCCACAGCAACCAGACAGAAGACUAUGGCCCUGCAAUCCUUUCACCUUCCAGUUGUUGCAAACUUUUGACAUUUGUACUUGUUAAGAGUCAAAGAUAUGUGAACAGUGUGGCCUCCUAAUGGAUGGUUUCACAGGCUUCUUGGUGUUUGGAGAACCACAUGCACCCAUAUGGACUUUGGAAAGCCUACCAGUUACGAAUUCCAUGGUACUGAAUAAUCCUUGAAACUCCCAGUACUUCAUUGAGCAAGGAUUUCCUUAUCACCCUUAGGAUUUGGUGUCUGUUCUUUGUAGCACAGAGAGAAGAGGCUGGAAAAAUGAGUGGUUUGGGGGAGUGGUUGAUUAAUGUGGCCAAGGGCAGGCUUGAAUCCUGAGCUCCCACCUCCCAGGACUAAGACAGGUCUGUGGGCCUUGCAAGGGCAUGAGACCUGUUCUGGGCCAGUCUCUUGAGAUGCAAGAACCUGGUGUUCAAGGCUGGAGCCUGGAGUUUACCACCAUCAUCAUUCUUGCUCUUCAGCAAAUGGAAGAACUUGCUGUGGCUGGACAGCAAGAGCAUUCGACAGGUAGCUAUAGCCACUGACUCUAAAUCCCUUUUUACCUUGUGCUUCAGAUUCUGUGCUGUGCAGUGGGAUCUGCUGCUUUCACCAAGCCAGGAUCUGUCCACAUGUCUAAGUACAGCACCUCAGCUUUCCUUAGGGAGCUACAUCUCACGGGCUUCCAGUCCAGACAGUUUAAGAGGGCUGACCCUGCAUUCCACCCAUCUGGAAGAUGGGUACAUGAUACAUGACUAGCCAGUUCCAUUUUCUGUCCUCUGAUUGCUUUGAUCGGUGCAAGGGUGAGAAUGUUAUCCAAGCCAGACCAAAGGCAUUCCAAAUCAUGAGUUUUCAUGGAACCCUAGUGAGGGAGAAACUAGUUGCAGUAGAAUGGACUUUGAGCUUGUGUCAUCCUGGAGGUGCUGGUGAGAGACUGCCUGUGACUCCACACCGUAAGACACUCAGCAGGACUGACAGUCAGAGAGGGGCAAGGUUGCACAUUAUGUGAGCCCUUGGAUCUGACACCUCUGAACCCACUCUUCAACUUGUCUCUUGUAAAGAUUACUUUCUGUCAUCUAUAAUAUAAUAUUUAUUUCACUUGAGUGUGUCUAGUCCCUUGUAAUCAAAAAAGUGCUGACACAUCGGGAUCAUUGACUGUUGAGCCUCCGUCUGGCAUGGUGUACCUGAUGAGUGGGGCAUGCUUAGGGGAGGCGAAGACAUUAGGUGCAGUCAUGUCUAAGGGGAGCUGCCAGACAACUCUUCCUCAUUUCUCGACGUCCCAGAACACGGAGAGGAGAACAAGCAGGAAGAAAGGGCCAGAGGAUGGUCAGUUGGUCUGUUUGUAUUUUCCUUAUUUUAGGGUUUAUUUUGUUUGUGUCUUUCACCUGUUGAAAUCUUCCAGCACAUCUGUCAGAAACUCAUGGCAGGCAGCCUGUUUACUUAUUGGCUUCUUAUACUAAAGUAAUUCAUGGAAAUCUAUCAACUUUUUUUUUUUUACUUCUACCCUGAAACAACUGGUGAUUCUUUUAAGGACAAAACAUUUCCAGACUUCCAACAGAGUCAGUCAUGACUGUCACCAGGCAACUUUUAUCAGCCUCACUGCCUUUUGUUUUUAAAAGUCCCUGUCUCUUUCUCUCCCUCCAGAAUGUUUUUGUUAAAACAGGAAGGUAGCUAGAUAUGGCAACCCACUCCACAAUUCUUGCCUGUGAAAUUCCAUGGACAGAGGAGCCUCGUGGGGCUAUAGUUCAUGGGGUCACAAAGAGGCAAACAUGACUGAGUGGCUAAACAACAAAAAAAGCUAGAUAUGAGCAGAGAAAGGGGAGCGUGGGUCAGAUGGCAGGAAGCCAUGCAUCUUGUGCAGAGGAGAGGGGGAUCCUUGGAACUUCCAUGCUGGAAACCAUACAUUUGGAGAUAAGUGUCCUGGAGGCAGAACAAAGAAAUGUGGGAAAAUGCAGGAAUAUCUGGUGUGUUUGAAUGUAACCUUUUGCUCAUUAUGCUUUCAUUACAAUAAAAUAAGCCUUGUAGAUAAGUGUC